GCACGGUUCUAUGAGCUGGCCCCCAACCUCGUCCCGAUGGACUACAGGAAGCCCAUCGUCCAUGUGCCCAUGAGCCUUAUCAUCCAGAUGCCGGAGCUCCGGGAGAAUCCCUUCAAGGAAAGGAUUGUGGAGGCUUUUUCUGAGGACGGGGAGGGGAACCUCACCUUCAACGACUUCGUGGACAUGUUUUCUGUGCUCUGUGAGUCGGCUCCCCGCGAGCUCAAGGCCAACUAUGCCUUUAAGAUCUACGACUUCAACACUGACAACUUCAUCUGCAAGGAGGACCUGGAGCUGACGCUGGCCCGGCUCACCAAGUCGGAGCUGGACGAGGACGAGGUGGUGCUCGUGUGCGACAAGGUCAUUGAGGAGGCCGAUCUAGAUGGCGACGGCAAGCUGGGCUUCGCUGACUUCGAGGACAUGAUCGCCAAGGCCCCUGACUUCCUCAGCACUUUCCACAUCCGGAUCUGAGGACAUUGCUGAGGUUGCAGGGGCCCAGAAGCUGACCGUCCAGCUGUGCCGCCUCCACCAGUAUGACCUUCAAGCUCCCCAGGAGAGGAGCGGUGGUCUCUGGGGUUGACACCCACCAACAUUUCCUCGGCCCUUUCAGCAAAAAAUCCUCAACCAGGGCAGGGGGGGCUGUGUGAAGCAGGGCCCUUCCCAGUGCCCCCGUGGUCCAGCCACAGGACCCAAGGCCCGUCCACAGGCCCUGCCACGGUCCCCCGACCUUCCUCACACCCUGGUCCCCUCCCGAUCAGAAACAGCCCCACUGAGAGGAGAAGGCAGAACACCUACCAGGCCAGGGCUAUUGACGCGUCCGAGCGCUGGGCAGGCACCCCGGCUGCCCAGGGAAAAGUGAAGGGGAAAAAAUGGAGAGGACAAGACUUGAAAGAGCUAUGCAAUCUUUCUCCAAAGCCCACAGCCGGGCUGCGCCCCAGCCCCGCCUGCCUCUUCCCCCGCCCCUUCCCAAUGUGAAUGGUCAGUCCAAGGGCUCUGUCCCUGUCCCCGUCCCUGUCCAGGUCCCAAGCACCACCCCAUCCGCCUCCCCAAUGGCGUGGGAUCCUCACUGGUGUGUGCUGUCCACCGAUUUGUGAAUUCCUGGUAGUAAAACACUUUCACAUCC